AUGGCAGGAGACGAGACGCAGCCUCUGAAUGGUACGUCCGACGCUCCCCGCCCCAUGGGCAUGCUCGUUGCCGCCGCGGCCGCGGCGGGCCUCGUCUUCGGCGGCGCUGGCUUUGGAGCGGGCCUGAUGAUGGGCCGGCCGCACGCGGCGCGCCUGACGAUGAGCAACGGCGUGCUCACGGAAGUCGCCGCCGACGGGCGGACGGCGUGCAAGAUCCCAGAGGGCUGGUGCAACGGCACCGACAUGCGCAAGGACGCGCUGUCGUACCGCGACUGCGACGGCGACGGCGUUCUGGACCCCUACUGCGAGGGGGGCCAGCUCCUUCGCUUCGGCUACAUCAGCUCCGCGAACGAUUGCAAGGACAACUGGCCUACAGGCCUGUGUAAAGUCGCGCGUCACGCCGGCGAGGGGGCCGUCUCGAACGAGCACCACGCAGCCUCGAACGAGAUAACCAUCGUGCACUUCAACGACGUCUACAACAUUGCUGGCACGAUGGAGGAUGGCGUGCGCUUCGGCGGCAUGUCUCGCGCGGUGCACAUGGUCAAGAAACUGCGCAAGCGCAACCCCGACCGCACGUUUGUGGUGUUCGCCGGCGAUUGCCUGUCGCCGUCCGUUUUGAGCGACAUGUUCAAGGGCGAGCAGAUGAUCGACGUGCUGAACGACAUGAAGCUGGACGCGGCCUCGCUGGGCAACCACGAGUUCGACUUUGGUGUGGAAUUGCUGGACACCCGCCUUCAGGAGUCCACCUUCCCCUGGCUCAACACCAACCUCAUGGACGAGACUGGCCAGCUUCUCAAGCACACUACGGAGUACCUCAUCAAAUCAGUCGAGUGGGCGCCUCGGUGGGAGCCCGACCAGAAGCAGGAAAUCAAGGUGUGCUUCUUCGGCGUCGCGUACGACGUGAGGGAGACAAUGUUCAAAGACGUGGACAGGUUGACGUUCGAGAACGUACUCAACGCCUCCAGGAGGUCCGUGGACUACCUCAAGAAUAAGGAGGGCUGCAAGGUGAUCUUGCCCUUGACCCACCAAUUCUCGGAGCAGGACUGCGAGCUGGCGAAGGAGCUCGGGGAUGACAUCGACCUGAUCCUCGGAGGUCACGACCACGCCACCGAGUUCACCUCAGUGUGCGGCAAGGCCCCGUACGUGAAGGCCGCCAGCGACCUGAAGACGCAGUGGGUGAUGACGCUUUGGCUCGACGACGACGGCAAGGUGGAGUCUGUCGACGGCCAAGAGUUCUCGCUGACGGACGCGGACCCCCACGACGAGGAGAUCCACGAGAAGAUCGUGAUGUGGGAGGAGAAGGCCGAGAAGGAGCUGGCCAAAUUGGUGGGCUGCCUGGGCGCCGAUCUGGACGCGGUCGCAUUCAACGUCCGCCGCGGGGAGACGACCAUGGGGAACUUCGGCGCGGACGCCGUGAGGGCGAUGCACAAGACGGACGUUGCGCUGAUCAACGGCGGGACCCUGCGCGGCAACAAGGUGUACUCUGCGGGCAAAGCCUCCCGCAAGGAUCUGCUCGAGAUACACCCGUUCGGAAACCAGGUGGCCAAGAUCUACGCCACCGGCAAGGAGCUCUUCGACUACAUUAACAUGAACCUGGACGGCUGGGACACGGCCUCGGGGGACUUCGUGCAGGUCUCCGGGCUCAGGUACGAGUUCGACCACACCAAGCCCGCGGGCGAGCGCCUCCAGAAGCUCAUGACCGAGGACAAGAAGGAGGUGGACCCGGAGCAGAAGUUCACCGUCGCCAUCACAGAUUACAUGCUGUCCAACUCGCCUCUGCGCCACAACGAAUUGUACCAGAUGACGACCCUGAACGACGCGGUUCCUCUCUUCCAGGCCUUCGUGGAGGCCGUGUCGAACGCCGGAGAUGCUUGCUACACCGCGGAGCUUGACGGCCGCAUUAAGGACGUUGCAGCCUAG